AUGCCAAUCGCCGUAUCCAAGACGCCGUCCUCGGUCCCGCCCUCCAACGAGGAGGUCGCGUCCCUCCUCAACAGCAUCUUCACCGCGCAGACCUCGCAGGAGUCGCUCGAUGCUUCCUACGCCCUCACCAACCUCCUCAUCCAGUCCGUCGGUGUGCGCGGCCUCCUGAGCUACAAUCUGUUGCCGGAGAUCAAGAAAGGCGCCGCCGACAAGAAGAGCGGAGCGAGACGGGAGAGUUCCAUGCUCAUCUUGGGCGCGCUGUUUGAGCGAUUCCCCCGCGAGCACCCGCUGAGUGAGGUGGUCUUCUUGAUCCAGGAUGGCGGCGUGCUUGAUCUUGCAUUGGAUGCGCUGGCCGACAAGGGCGCCGUGGUGCGGGACGCGGCCCAGUACGCGGUCGAUGCCCUGUUCGUCUGUCUGAAGCCAGAGUCGAUGGUCAACGCCCUCCUGCCCGCUCUGUUGAGGUAUCUGAGCAAAGGCACGGCCAAAUGGCAGGGUGCGGUGGGCGCCUACGCGCUCAUCGAGAAGAUGGCCGACAAGGCGAAGAUGGGAACGGGCACCAAGGAGGAGGAACGCGUGAAGGACCUCCUCCGCGAGGCCAUGGGCAAGACCCUGAAAGAAGUGAUUCCUGUCGUCGAGUCGGGAAUGCACGACCUGAAGAACGAGGUCGCCAAACAGGCGACUAAGGCGAUGACUGCGCUGACCACGUUGAUCACCAACGAGGAUGUCAUUCCGCGGAUUCCUCUGCUCAUCAAGACGAUGGAGAAGCCUUCGGCGGAAACGCUGCAAAAGGCAAUCCUCGCCUUGUCCCAAACGACAUUCGUUGCUGUCGUGACCUCGCCGGUCCUCGCCCUGCUCACCCCUCUGCUCGAGCGAUCCCUCAACACGCCUACCACGCCGCAGGAGGUCCUUCGCCAGACCGUGGUCGUGGUCGAAAACCUGACCAAGUUGGUCCAUGACCCUACGGAAGCCCGGACCUUCCUCCCCAAGCUGAAGCCUGGUGUUCAAGCGGUGAAGGACCGCGCCUCCCUUCCCGAAGUCCGUGAACUCGCUACGCGCGCUCUCGAUGUCAUCAAGAAGGCGAUGGGUGAUGACGAUGGAAAGGCCGAUGAGGCUCACACCACUCCGGAGGAUGUGCUCAAGGUCCUGGAGCCCAAGGUGCAGGCUCACGGGGGGUUGGCGCAGCCAGGAGACGCUGCUUUGUUUGAUCUGACCAAGACUUAUGUUGCAGAGAUGGUCCGGGAGGAUGUGAACGUCCGGAUGCAUGACCGCAUCCCGGCGUGUGUCGGACCGUAUCUGCGCGGGUUGUUGAAGGAUGACCAGCACGAGGCGGUUGCCUCGGAGGUUCAGGCGUACUUCAUCGAGGAAGACCACCGCAAGUUUGGCCAGCCGGCUCAGGAGGAAGAUGGGGAGGUUGAGAUCGUCAAUGCCGACUUUUCGCUCGCCUACGGAGGAAUGCUGCUCCUGUCUCACACCAAUCUGCGUCUCCUAAAAGGCCACCGCUACGGCCUGUGUGGUCGCAACGGCGCGGGCAAGUCGACACUGAUGCGCAGUAUCGCCGAGGGGAAGUUGGAGGGAUUUCCUCCGAAGGAGGUCGUGAAGACGUGCUUCGUCGAGCACAACCAGGGCGAGAAUGCGGAUCUCACGGUCCUGGACUACUGCGCCAAGGAUCCCGAGCUGGCCUCCGUUGACCGAGACGAGAUCUCGGCUGUCCUCAGCGAAUUUGGUUUCACGGCUGGUCCCGACGGCAGACAGGAGCAGAAGGUCGGUUCGCUGUCGGGCGGUUGGAAGAUGAAGCUGGCGCUCGCCCGCGCCAUGCUGAUGAAGGCGGACGUCCUCCUCCUGGACGAACCGACCAACCAUCUGGACGUGGCCAAUGUGAAAUGGCUGCAGGAGUACCUGAAGAAGCACACCGAGAUCACGAGCUUGAUCGUCAGUCACGACUCGGGGUUUUUGGACGAGGUCUGCACCGACAUUUAUCACUACGAGAACAAGAAACUGGUCUUGUACAAGGGCAAUCUCGCAGCGUUUGUCAAGGUCAAGCCCGAAGCCAAGACGUACUACACGCUGUCUGCGUCGAACGUGCAGUUCAAGUUCCCGCCUCCUGGCAUCUUGACUGGUGUCAAGUCCCAGACCCGGGCCAUCCUCCGCAUGAGCAACGUGUCGUACACGUAUCCUGGCGCGAAGAAACCGUCUCUAGUUGACGCGUCCAUCACGCUCUCACUCUCCUCCCGAACCGCCAUCAUCGGCGGCAACGGUGCCGGAAAGUCGACCUUCAUCAAGCUGCUGACCGGCGAGCUCGUCCCGCAGAGCGGCAAGGUCGAGAAGCACCCCAACCUCCGGAUCGGGUACAUCAAACAGCACGCGCUGGAGCACGUCGAGAUGCAUCUCGAAAAGACGCCCAACCAGUAUCUGCAGUGGCGCUACGCCAACGGCGACGACCGCGAGGUGUAUCUGAAGCAGACGCGCAUCAUGACGGACGAGGAACGGGCGCAGAUGGAGAAACCGAUCGAUCUAGGCGACGGCAAGGGCCCGCGGCGCAUCGAGGCGCUCAUGGGCCGGCAGAAGUGGAAGAAGUCGUUCCAGUACGAGGUGAAAUGGCUCGGAUGGCUGCCGAAGCACAACACGAUGGUGUCGCGCGAGACGCUGAUAGAGCUGGGCUUCGCGAAGCUGGUGCAGGAGUUUGACGACCACGAGGCCUCGCGCGAAGGGCUGGGGUACCGGGUGCUGGAGCCGAAGGUGAUCGCGAAGCACUUUGAGGACGUCGGGCUGGACCCGGAUAUCGCGAACCACACGCAGAUCGGGGGACUGUCAGGCGGGCAGAAGGUGAAGGUGGUGCUGGCGGGCGCGAUGUGGAACAACCCGCAUCUGCUGGUGCUGGACGAGCCGACCAACUUCCUGGACCGCGACUCGCUGGGCGGGCUGGCGGUGGCGAUCCGCGACUACAAGGGCGGAGUGGUGAUGAUCUCGCACAACGAGGAGUUUGUCGGCGCGCUGUGCCCGGAGCAGAUCCACAUUGCGGACGGGCGCAUCACGCACCGGACGAAUACAGCCGUGCAGACGGAGCGGUUUGAAGAUAGUCAGCCGGGCAGCACGGUGGCCAGCUCGGCCGUGUCGAGCGCAACCCCGUCGGCGGCCAACUCGGGCGCCGAGGACACGGGAGAGCUCAAGUUCAAGGCGAAGAAGAAGAAGAAACUGACGCGGGCGCAGUUGAAGGAGCGCGAGGUGCGGCGACGCCUAAGGCAUAUCGAGUGGUUGAACUCGCCGAAGGGGACGCCUAGGCCGCCGGACACGGAUGAUGAGGAGGAGUAG